AUGAAGACGGCGAAAGCAACAAACUCGGAGAAAGCAAAGGAUAUGGUGACCGCGGUGAAUUCAAACAUCCAAAAGGCAGCGGUGACGUUGGCAAUUGAAACUGCGGCUGUGGUGCUGCCAUUCCCGCUGAUUGAGAGGGAUUUACUCCUUGCUGCUGUGGUAGUACGGCAAAUUGCUGUUGUGGAGCUGAUAGAUUGUUCCAUCGAGGUGAAACCAGAGGGGCCAGCGGCGAGAAUCCAGAGAACUGCUUGUUGGAAUCAACGGCCGAGAUCGUGUUCUGCAGAUAACGCAUGUAAGCAGAAACCGGCGAUUCUGCCGCCGCGUGAACCGCCGGAAAUGGCGGAGGUUGAUGCUGUUGCUGCUGCCCCUGCAGAUUUUGAUUUUGCUGCUGUUGUGAUGAUGCUUGUGAUUGUUGUGGCUGUGAUGGUAGCUGAUUUGGCUGAUCAAAGGGGGCUUUUUUGGUGGUGGUGGAAGCAACUAGCAAGGGUUGCAAGUCCCGGAGUUCUUUUACGAUACAGCCAGAGUCUUUCAUCAAAAGCAUUAACAAGGCGUCAACAGCAGAAGCAUUUUUUCUAUGCAUCGGAGGCCAAUCAAAUUCACGAUGGAAAGUUAUGUUUCGCAAUAACUCUAAUUGAUCGCUCGUUCAAGUUUAUUGCUUACACAUGUAAUAUUGCACCAGUCCCUAAUACAAUAUUGGUGUAUACCAUUCUUGCUUUUCUUGUGUUGUUUGCCCGAACAGCUGCAAUAUGCAGAAUCCCUGGAGACCCACUGGUGAUAGAGGAUAUUGAAGUUGAACCACCAAAAGCUUGGGAGGUUCGUAUCAGGAUUCUGUGCGCAUCCCUUUGUCACAGUGACGUAACCUUUUGGAAAAUGCAGGCAGGACCCGUUUCAAUCUUUCCAAGAAUUUUCGGGCAUGAGGCAGCCGGCGUUGUUGAGAGUGUCGGAGAGCAUGUGCAAGAAGUGAAAGAAGGAGAUUUGGUAUUACCUGUGUUUGCUUCACACUGUGGAGAAUGCAGAGACUGCAAGUCAGCUAAGAGCAAUAUUUGCUCAAAGUUUGAUGCCUCCUCUGCUUACUUUGGCAUGCCAAGGGAUGGAACAAGAAGGUUUAGGGACAUGAAAGGGGAAGUUUUGCACCAUUUCUUGAAUGUUUCAAGCUUUUCUCAGUAUACGGUGGUGGAUGUUGCACAUGUCGUGAAGAUUACCACUGAUAUUCCUAUUGAUAAAGCUUGCUUGCUAAGUUGUGGAGUAUCAACAGGGGUAGGAGCAGCGUGGAAGGUGGCAGAGUUGGAGGAGGGAUCCACCGUGGCUAUUUUUGGACUAGGAGCAGUUGGGCUUGCGGUUGCAGAAGGAGCUAGGAUACGUGGAGCUUCCAAGAUUAUAGUUGUCGAUCUGAAUCCUGAGAAGUUUGAAAUAGGAAAAAAAUUCGGGCUAACCGAUUUCAUCAACCCAGCAAAUUGUGGAGAAAAACCAGUUAGUGAGGUAAUUAAAGAAAUAACAGAUGGAGGUGCUGAUUAUUGCUUUGAAUGCAUUGGAUUGGCGUCAUUAAUGACGGAUGCUUUCACCAGCAGCGGAGAGGGUUGGGGUAAGACAGUAGUACUUGGAGUAGAAAUGCACGGUUCACCACUGAUCCUGAGCCCUUAUGAGAUUCUCAGAGGUAGAACUGUUACUGGGUCAUCUAUGGGAGGGUUAAAACCCAAGUUUGACCUUCCAAUCCUGGCCGAGAAAUAUCUAAGCAAGGAGCUUAAUUUGGAGCAGUUUAUAACACAUGAAGUGAGCUUCAAUGAUAUCAACAAUGCAUUUCAGUUGCUUCUUGAAGGAAAGAGCCCCGGCCCAUUUUUGAAUCCCUCACUUCGGUCCAAGAAAAAGAUAAUCGAGCCGAGCCAGCCAGCAGCUUCCAAAAGUUCUCUUGAACUGCCGCAAAACGGAAACCCUGGCUUACAUUGCGUGGGCUCGCAUUACAUAACUCAGCUUCCACCAACUUUUACUGGCACAGUAACGCAGUAA